GUGAUUUAAAAUAAAGGUGAGAAGUGGACGUUGUUACAUAUAAAAGAGGACAAUAACUAGGUGGAAAUAAAUACAUUUUUAUUUCAAUCAGGAGAAGACCGAUCUCGUCACUCAAGAAGUGUAGCAUCUCGUCAGCCCAAAAACCUACUCGAACCACUCGCAUCGGUCUACAGACGCUUCAGUGGCUUUUGUCUGCGUUCGGUGCUAAAGCAGCUGCCUUGUAGCGCCAUCGCUUCCUUCCAACUGAGAGAAAAAUAGCCUGGUCUCCAUCCAGAUUGAUACGCUACAAUAGCGACUGCACUCUGGGUUCCAUGUGGACGGAAGGGAGUCACUGUCCGAAGUCGGCCCCAAUUAAGAAAUAAAAUAUAUAAUAUAUAUAUUUUAAAAAAACGUUUCUUCAAAAUGUGUACGCCUUGCUGCAUUUCCCAGCUGGCGUGCUGCUGUGGCUCGGCGGCUUGCUCUCUGUGCUGCGGCUGCUGCCCGAAGAUCAAACAGUCCACCGGCACACGCUCCAUGUACGCGCUCUACUUCCUGCUGGUCACCGUCAUCUGUGUCAUCAUGAUGUCUCCCACCGUGGAGCAGGUCAUACGGGACAACAUCCCGUUCUACACGGAGAUGUGUGACACGCUGAGCGCUGGGGAGAACUGCAGUACGCUGGUGGGCUAUGCGGCCGUGUACAAGGUGUGCUUCGGCAUGGCCUGCUUCUUCUUCCUCUUCUCCAUCUUCACCUUCAGAGUGCGUGUUAGCACGGGCUGCCGAGCGGCUGUGCACAACGGAUUCUGGUUAUUUAAAUUCAUUGUGCUACUUGGCUGCUGUGCUGGGGCAUUCUUCCUCCCUAACCAGGAAAUGUUCCUCGAAGUGUGGCGGUACGUGGGCGCGGUCGGUGGGUUCAUAUUCCUGCUCAUCCAGCUCAUGCUCCUGGUGGAGUUCGCUCACCGAUGGAACAAAAACUGGUCAUCAGGCAUUAACUACAGCAGGAAGUGGCACGUGGCGCUGGGCCUGGUCACCUUGCUGCUGUUCACGGUCGCUGUGGGGGCACUGGUGUUCAUGAGCUGGUUCUACACCCACCCUGAGGCCUGCACCCUCAACAAGAUCUUCCUGGCAGUCAACUCCAGCCUCUGCCUCAUCGUGUCCCUGCUCGCCAUCUCACCCUUCAUCCAGAGACAUCAGCCAAACUCAGGGCUGCUGCAGCCGGCUGUGAUCAGUGUGUACGUCAUGUACCUGACCUUCUCUGCGCUGUCCAGCAAGCCCAACGAGAUGGUGGAGCACGAUGGAGUUAACGCCACGGUCUGUGUGUUCCCCUUCAACUCCGGCUCUGAGAGCGACAACAAUAUCGUGACGGGCGUGGGCACGGUCAUCCUGUUCGGCUGCCUGCUGUACUCCUGUUUGACCUCUACCACGAGAAGGAGCUCAGCAGCAUUGCGAGUGUGCAGGACAGCUAUGCCAGAAAAUGAGAGGGCCCGGUGCUGUUUCUGUUGUCCCGCAGACGAUGGGGAUGAUUAUGACGAUGAUGAGAGGAAAGGUGGAGGUCAGAACGUGAAGUACGAUGAGAGGGACGGAACGGUCUACAGCUAUGCCUACUUCCACUUCAUCUUCUUCCUGGGGUCGCUCUACGUCAUGAUGACGGUCACCAACUGGUUCCACUACGACAACGCCAAGAUCGAGAAGCUGCUGGACGGGAGCUGGUCGGUGUUCUGGAUCAAGAUGGCGUCAUGUUGGGUGUGUCUGGUGCUGUACAUGUGGACGCUGGUGGCUCCCAUGGUCUGUCCAAAGAGGUUCGAGGCCUGAGGCCUGCUACCUGCGGAGGAAACGCUUCUGUUCUUUUCCCUUUCUUUUUAUACGUUCUGAAUUUAACCCAGCGUGUUUUGUUAUUUUAUAUCUUUUUAAAAAAAUAUCUGUUGCGCAUACUGGAUAAGCUAUUGUUGCCUGACAGGCUCGUUACUUCUUUUGUGUUUUUUAAAGGGGUGCUGUUACAUUUUUCUGUUGUUUGUCGUCCAUUUUGCCCUUUCCUGAGCCGUUUCGAUUCUCGGGCUGGCUGGGCCGUGGGGACAGGAAGUGCUCAGGUUCACAGGUUCCGCCGCCAGCGGCUUUUCCGUAACAUCACAUCCUGUUUGUAGAAGAAGUAUUCUAUGCAACAGAUGGUGUUGUAUUUCGUUUUUUAAAUCACAGCUUUUAGUUCCAUAUUCGUCUUCCGUGGAAUAUGUUUUUCUGUUUUAUUUGGCUUUUGUUUGGACACACUAAAGUAAUUUUUGUAGUAUUUUUACAUUUUGUAUUUUUCCAAAUGAAGUGGCUGACUCUUAUGUAAAUGUAAAAUGUGUGGUCAGUUUGUAUAUUUUGUUAGUGGAGCUACAAUCAUUGUGGUUAAGGAUGUGUACAUCAUCUCUGCCUGUGCGGUCAUGAUGCAGUUUUGGGGAAACAGAGUUCAGUGGCCUAAUAUCUCAGGAUUUGUGCUUCAAAAUGACCAAGAACAAGACUGUGCUUUAUGUGUAUGUGUGUUCAAAAUAAAGUGUAUUUAUUACACAGAGUAAAUGUGCACAAAACA